AUGGCACACACCAUGGAAAUCAUGCGGGCAGACAUGACACAUGUAAUGGGAAACUUACAACGCCUAAUGGAAGAACAUCACAGACAACAGCAAAGCUACCUAAACAUUUUAGAAACAAAUCAAAUGCUCAUUGAAUCGAUAUCCUGCAUCAUGGAAAAUCACAAUGCAGCAAUGCGUGAACUCAAUGCCACUCUCACUAACCUCAAUGAAACACUCAGCUCCCAGCAGCAACAGCAACAAAGCACCAGUUCUGGUACGACAACUCCACAUGUAUCGCCUGUGGCCUCACCACCAAGGCGCUCCAGCAGAACACGCCUGCAUGACAGUGGUAAAGGCAAAGCAGCAUUCAAGCAACCGCCCACAAAAAUUAAAUGCCAGAUAUUCAGGUUGGACUCCUACCAACAACUUCUAUCCAUGAUGUUUGCUGUACAUGAGAUUAACAUGAACCCCAAUGUUCUCGGCAACAUGACUUUAGGGCUGCAGGUGUAUAAGACAUGUAAUGUGCCCCACUAUGAAGUACAAGGAGCCUUACAUUUGAUGACGGAAUCCAGCAUGGCCAUCCCAAACUACAGGUGUCGCGGGCGAUCUAUCUACAGUGCCGUUAUAGGAUCCUCAUUUUCAACCAACUCAAUUAUGGUGGCAAAUAUUUUGGGGGUCUUCAGAUAUCCACAGAUCAGUGCAUUAUCAAGUAUCUCUCUCCUAAGUAAUCGUUUUAAGUUUCCCUCUUUUGCCAGGACUGUUCCCAGUGAUAAGGAACAGUCAAAGGGACUGGCUAAGCUUAUGCUGCACUUUGGUUGGACCUGGGUCGGUCUGUUGGCUGUGGACAAUGAUUAUGGCCUACAAGGCAUUCAGCCAAUCAUGGAAGAGAUAAUAAAGGCCGGCGCAUGUGUGGCCUUCACUGAAUAUAUUCGUUUAACUCAACCAGACCGCAAUGCUCCCCACAUAGUCAAGGUCAUUAAAGAGUCAUCGGCUACAGUUAUAAUUAUCUUCUCUAAUGAUGCUCAUUUGGUUGAUAUCAUGAGUGAGAUGCUGAAACAGAACAUCACAGGGAAGCUUUUUGUUGCUAAUGCUGAUUGGUCAAUGUCUAAUUUGUUCUCAGCUGGAAGCUUUUCUCCAAUAUUAUCAGGGACCAUUGGUUUUUUUAUCAACAACAGAGUGAUUCCAGGAUUCAGUGACUACUAUACCAAGGUCAAACCUUCUUUGGAAGAGUCCUGGGUGAACAUAUACUGGGAGAAACUUUUCAACUGUAAGUUUCUGUAUGAGAAAAACACAACUGGUCCAUUGGAUCCGGCAGUGACAGAGUGCACAGGAGCAGAGAGUAUAGACAGCAUCAGGGAAAGCUUCGCCUACACGAGCAGCUUCCGCUUUGUUAAUGGUUUCUACGCUGCUGUCCAUGUUGUGGCCAAAGCUCUGGAGGACCUGAAAAAAUGCAACUCAAGAGGAGCAAAUUCUAAUGUGAGAUGUGAAGACAUUUUGAAUUUUAAACCAUGGCAGCUCCUGCACUAUAUAAGGAAUAUGAGGGUUACACUGAGCAGCGGAAGAGAACUUUAUUUUGAUGAACAUGGCGACAUCCCUGCGGCCUAUGACAUUGUCAACUGGCAGCUGACCCAAGAAGGGACUAUAGAACAGGUCAAGGUCGGCAGUUAUGACACAUCUUCCGGUCAAUUUCUCAAUAUCAACGCCAGUCAGUUGUUGUGGUCUAUGGGGGACAAGGAGACCCCUCGCUCAGUCUGCAGUGAGAGCUGUCCACCAGGUACCAGGAAGGCAGCUAUCAGAGGACAACCUGUGUGCUGCUUUGAAUGUGUUCCUUGUCUACAAGGAGAAAUAUCUAACCAGACAGAUUCUGUUGACUGCCUGAAGUGUCCAUGGGAUCAUUGGCCAAAUAUCCAGAAAAACAAAUGUCUACAGAAGACAACAGAAUACUUGAACUAUGAAGGUCCAUUAGGAGCAGCAUUGGCAGCGACAAGCAUACUGUCCUCCUUCAUCCCUGUUUUUAUUGUAAUAUUUUUCAUCGGCUUUAAGGACACACCCAUCGUUAAAGCAAAUAAUUACUCUCUAAGCUGCCUUCUGCUGGUGUCCCUGUCUUUGUGUUUCCUCUGCUCUUUAGUUUUCAUUGGGUAUCCCCAACCUGAGAAUUGUCUCCUACGACAAGCUGCAUUUGGCCUUUUUUUUGCCGUUUGUAUCUCUUGCAUAUUGGCAAAAACUAUCAUGGUGGUCCUAGCUUUUAUGGCCACCAGACCGGGCAGCAGCCUGAGAAGAUGGACCAUACCUCAAGUGUCCUACAUGAUUAUUUUUAUUUGUACUCUGUUACAGUUCCUCUUGUGUCUCACUUGGCUGUCACUUGUCCCUCCUUUCCCACAAUAUAACACUCAAACUAAACCUGGACUCAUCAUUGUUGAGUGUAAUGAGGGCUCUCCAAUUGCCUUCUGGACAAUGCUGGGUUAUCUGUUUCUUCUAGCUACCAUUAGUUUCAUUGUUGCCUUCCUGGCUCGGAGACUCCCUGACAGCUUCAAUGAGGCCCAGUUUAUUACCUUCAGCAUGCUGGCCUUCCUCAGUGUCUGGGUGUCCUUUAUCCCGGCCUCCCUCAGUGCUCAGGGUAAAUACACCGUGGCUAUGGAAGUCUUUGCCAUCUUGGCUUCCAGUUGGGCUCUGGUGAUCUGUAUGUUCCUGCCUAAAUGUUUCAUCAUAGUGUUCAGACCAGACAUGAACUCAAGGGAUUAUCUCAUGAGAAGAGAGAGAUCAGUCUAA